AUGUCUGGAAUAUACAACCAUCGUCCGAUGGUGCCUGGUCGUAGUGCAGGCGUGCCCGAGUGGCUCGACUUGAUUAAGCAAGAGUUCGAAAGCCUCAGUCAUGAAGCCAUGGUGGCCAAGGCACAAAGAGACGAGUGCGAGCAUAAGAGUAUGUCAUCCCAUACCUCGAUUCGUUGCAUUACAUGUCGAUCAGCGUUUGUUAACAGCCAGAUACAAGAGAUGGAUGCGUUCCGCAGGACCCUUUAUGAGCUCGAGAGGAGGCACGAGGCAAUGAAAACCCAGUACCAUAUAUGGGAGGAGGAAGUGGUUCGGUUACGGCGCGAAGUGGAGCAGCGUGGUGGUGUUGUCCAGCCACCUCAUCCUCACGCACAUGCGCAGCCGCCUCCACCAAACAUUGGGCAGGGUCACUCGAAUUUGUUUGGCGGAAUUAUUAGCGGCGGCCCCGGAGGUCCAGGCUUGGUCGCGCCACCUCAGAUGGUUGAUCCAUCACAGCAGCAGCAACAUCCCCAGCAACACCCAGGCCAACAACAGCAACAACAGGUCCCUCCAUCUCAGCAACAACAGCAGUCAAACCAAUCACAGCAACCACACAUGCAGCAGGUCCCACAGCAACAACAGCAACAUCACCCACAGCACAUGCAACAGCAACAGCAGCAUCCAUAUGGUACGCCUGGUGGCCACGGAGGACCUAACGUGCCUCCUGGAGGCCCCGGGCCCCAUUCGCCAUAUUUGAAUGGGAGCGGCGGACUGCCACAGCAGCAGGGUCAAGGUCAGCCACAAUCAAAGCGGUUCAAGACAGAAAGUGAUGGUCCGCGUUUCAAGACAGAAGGCGAGCUUCCUCCGCCAGGUACAAUGUACGGGAACAUGUCGCCUAACCCUCACGCUAACCUCAAUGGACAGGGCCAGAUGCCUCCAGGAAUGGGUCCUUCUUACAAUGCAUCUGCGCCCCCAGGUGGCCCAAAGCAGCCAGGAAAGACGGGAAAGAGUGCGUCAUACGUCCCGAUAAAGGAUGAAUCACAAACGCCGUCCAAUAAACGUAAAACUGGUGCAGGACCCUCAACAUCAUCAACUACGGGCCGCACUGCAAGGGUCUCUGGAUCAGCAAUCUGGAGUGACGAUCCUGACAAUGUUCCACCUCAGUUGAAGCGUGAAGGUCCAGACUGGUUUGCAAUUUCAAACCCCAAGGUUCCCCAGCUGCUGAAAGUCGAUCUCGUCCACACAAUGGAACACAUGAGCGUUGUUUGCUGCGUCCGGUUCAGCGCGGACGGCAAAUAUCUCGCCACUGGAUGCAAUCGAAGUGCCCAGAUUUUCGACAUCCAAACCGGACAGAGCGUGUGUGUCCUUGCUGAUGAUACUGCAGGAAAGGAUGAUCUUUAUAUUCGCUCAGUAUGCUUCAGCCCUGAUGGCAAAUAUCUCGCCACGGGUGCAGAGGACAAACAAAUUAGAAUUUGGGAGAUCGGUCGCAAAAAAAUUCGUAUGGUCUUGAAGGGCCACGAGCAAGAUAUUUACUCGCUCGAUUUCUCUAGAGACGGAAGGAUCAUUGUAUCUGGAUCGGGAGAUCAAACUGCGCGCAUCUGGGAUAUGGAAACUGGAAAGUGCCUGUAUGUUCUGACCGUAGGCGACGUGGACACGAAGGAUGCUGGAGUGACAUCAGUUGCCAUCUCUCCCGAUGGCCGUCUCGUUGCCGCUGGAUCAUUGGAUCGGAUGGUGCGCGUUUGGGACACUCACACCGGACAGCUAUUGGAAAAACUAGAGGGACACAAGGACUCUGUCUAUAGCGUUGCCUUUGCGCCAGAUGGCAAGACACUCGUCUCCGGUAGCUUGGAUCGCACCUUGAAAGCUUGGGAUCUGAAUUUCACUGGACGGGGAGGCCAAAACGGACCUCGAGGAAGCACUUGCAAGGCGACAUUUAAUGGACAUAAGGACUUUGUGCUUUCCGUUGCUGUAUCGCCUGAUGGCAAAUGGGUCGUGUCUGGAUCGAAGGACAGAGGAGUUCAGUUUUGGGAUCCCGAUUCGACAGCUGUUCAGUUUAUGUUGCAGGGCCACAAAAACUCUGUCAUCUCUGUCGCAUUGAGCCCUGCAGGAACGUACUUUGCAACUGGCUCUGGAGAUACCCGAGCCCGAGUCUGGAGUUACGAAUCAACGCAAGAUUGAGUGAGCUACGUGGAUAUGCGACUGUAGCUAUCCGGUGUGGCAUCAAGGGCGCCAUGUCAUAAUUUUUUAAAAAUAAAAAAAAGCUCGGUUCCAGGCCCCUUCUUAUCGUCAUUGCGCGCAUUGCCGAUGGAGUCAUGGACAGCCCAGACAG